GAGGAGCUUUGCAGGAACUACAAGCAGAAACAGACCGAUUCGAAAGCGCAGCAGGGCAGCCGACAAAAAUAGUGAAAAUAGCAAGCUCGCUUUCUGCAAGAAGGUGCUGUCUUUUCAACUGUAUUUCAAUCAGAACAGGGAGCUGACGGACUGACCCGGUGAUGAACGGUGACUCGCGUGCUGGGGUGGUGACUGCCCCCCCUCCUACCACCGUCCCCCACAAGGAGCGUUACUUUGACCGUGUGGAUGAGAGCAGCCCGGAGUACCAGAGAGAGAGGAACAUGGCACCGGACCUGCGGCAGGACUUCAACAUGAUGGAGCAGAGGAAGAGGGUCUCCAUGAUCCUGCAGAGCCCGGCGUUCUGUGAUGAGCUGGACACCAUGAUCCAGGACCAGCUGAAGCGUGGUAAGACGCCCACCAGCCUGCUGGCACUGCAGCAAAUAGCGGACUUCAUGACCACCAGCACCCCCACCAUGUACCCUGCAGCACCACAGGGAGGCAUGGCUGCCCUAAACAUGAGUCUGGGCAUGGUAACACCGGUGAAUGACUUGCGGGGAUCUGACUCUAUCUCUUAUGAGAAGGGAGAGAAGUUGCUGCGCUGUAAGCUAGCAGCGUUCUACCGCCUGACAGACCUCUUUGGAUGGUCCCAGCUCAUCUACAACCACUUAACUGUCAGGGUGAAUUCAGAUCAGGAGAGGUUCCUGGUUGUCCCUUUUGGGCUUCUGUACAGUGAAGUCUCUGCCUCCAGUCUGGUGAAGAUUAACACACAGGGGGAGAUUGUGGACAGGGGAAGCACCAACCUAGGGGUCAAUCAGGCUGGCUUCACUCUCCAUUCAGCCAUCUACGCAGCCAGGCCUGAUGUCAAAUGCAUCGUCCACAUCCACACACCUGCCGGUGCUGCAGUGUCGGCCAUGAAGUGUGGCCUGCUGCCCAUUUCUCCAGAGGCCCUCACCCUAGGAGAGGUGGCCUACCAUGACUACCACGGCAUCCUCGUAGACGAUGAGGAGAGAGUCCUCAUACAGAAGAACCUGGGGCCAACCAGCAAGGUCCUGAUACUCAGAAACCAUGGUUUAGUGUCUGUUGGUGGAACGGUGGAGGAAGCCUUCUACUACAUCCACAACCUGGUCACAGCUUGUGAGAUUCAGGUGCGCACCUUAGCCAGUGCUGGAGGGCCUGAUAACCUGGUGAUGCUUGAUCCCGCUAAGUACAAAGCGAGGCCGCGGUGCUCUGAGCACGUGGAGGGCUCAACUCACCCCAAGUGGCUGGUCGGGGAGCAGGAGUUUGAAGCCUACAUGAGAAUGCUGGAUAACUUGGGUUACAGGACAGGCUAUCCAUAUAGGUGCCCGGCGCUGCGUGACAAAGCUAAAAAGUUCAGCAGCGAUGUAGAGAUUGCUCCCUCGGCCACGGGCUACUCCUAUGCCGAGGACAGUGACUCAGGCGCUCGCUCCCCUCUCAAACACAGCUUUCAGAGGCAGCAGCGUGACAAAAGCCGCUGGCUGAACUCGGGCCGACAGGACGAGGCCGACGAGGAAGGGCCUGACGGUGGCAGCCCCAAGUCGAAGACUAAGGUGUGGACGAACAUUACACACGAUCACGUCAAACCCUUGCUGCAGUCUCUUUCGUCCGGUGUCUGCGUGCCAAGCUGUAUAACCAACUGCUUGUGGACGAAUGAGGAAGGGAUGCGACAGGCUGCAGUGGCCAAUCAAUUUGUCCCACUCAACACAAACCCCAAAGAAGUGCUGGAGAUGAGGAACAAGAUCAGAGAGCAGAACCUUAAGGACAUUAAGACAGCAGGUCCUGAAUCACAGGUUCUGUGUGCUGGAAGCAUAGUAGACCGCUCCUUUGUUCAGAGAAGUUCCAUCUGGCAGGACGCCCCUCUGUCUGACUGUACGGACACUAUUGGCGGCCUCGAACUGUCAGAGGCCAAUAGCCCCGCUAAGUCUUUUAGAAAGGGAGAACUGGUGACGGCAUCAAAGGCCAUCAUUGAAAAGGAGUACCAGCCCCGUGUUAUCAUCAACCAGAAAGGUCCCAACCCAUUCAACAAGCAGUUCGACCAGGAACUGGAAGAGUACCGCAAGGAGGUGGAACUCAAACAGAAAGGACCUGAUGUACAGAGUGAAGAGUCCACAGUCAGCCCACAGAGCCUUUCUUCUGUCCUUGGGGAGGAAGGCCUGUCCCCCUCUACCUCCCCACAGAAGCCCCCACUGCUGCCCAAGCCUCUCUUUGUCCCAGUGAAGGGACUGGAGGUCUCUGAGCCUCACUUCACAACUUCCACCCCCACCUCAUCGUCGCUCCCCAGCCAUGACAUGCUGACGGGGUUGGGGGGUGGCCAGGGGAGCCUUGAGAUGUCCGCGGGGUUGGGGUCCAGGGCCCCUGGAGGAGAGUCCUACCCAGAGUCUCCUCACAAGGAGUUUCACUGCGCUGUGCUGAGGGCCCUCAGCUCUACCAGUACAGAGCUGCCUGACCCCACAGUCCCAGACGCUCCAGAUGCAUUACCAGAGCCUGAGGAAGAGGUGAAGGGUCAGAGUCCGACCCGAACACCCCCAAGCACCCCUGUCCGAGCGGAAGAAGAAUCCCAGCCGGACCACACCUAUAAGGAUGAGAGUGACCAGGCUACCUUGAGACAGACUCUCCCUGACCUGACCCCAGACGACGAACCCUCCGAAGCCCCCGCCCUCCCUUCCGAAGACCUCACUCCCACCCUCCCUCCCGAAGACCCUGCUUCCACCCCUCCUGCCGUCACUGAGCAGCCCGCUGCUGAGGGGGAGGAACCUGCUGCUGCCGCCGGCGACCAUAAUGGUGAACACGACGGCGACGAAUCCCCCAGCAAAUCGCCUUCGAAGAAGAAGAAGAAGUUCCGCACUCCCUCCUUCCUAAAGAAAAACAAAAAAAAGACUGAUGAAAAGGAGCAAAAAGCAAAGGAGCCCUAGAUGAGAUGCCCGCCUGCCCAUUCUUUGUAACCCUUCACUUCCCUUGAGCGAGCCACUACCCACAUCCUUUUGAUUUUGAUGCUUUUUAAAAUGUUUGUCUGGCUUUAUAACUCUGUGUUCACCUCCUAGUGUGUGCCAAUUUUAUAUUUUUAAAAAAGGGUCAAAAAUGCUUUUGAAGUUUAAUAACAGUCGCUUUCAGUGGUGAAUGACUGUGUGGUUCAGUCUGGUUAAGUGCAGCUGUGUGGCUUGUUGAGCAUGAUGUCCAUUUAGGCCCACUAAGUGAGCAGUAGAUUUUUAUUUACCUAUUUUUUUUGUUGUUGUUUUUUAACCAAUAUUUGCUAAAACCUGAUUAACCACUACAAUUUAAUGGGAUUGUAUUGAAUUGUAUCAAAGUGUCUUUAAAAAAGGAAUGCAAAACAAAUAGAAAAGCUUGUAUUCUGUCAUUUAUCUGGUGGUAACCAAUUCAAGAGUUUAAACAAAAAACCUCACGGUGCUAAUUUCUGAUGUCUAACAUUAUCGUCUAAUCAUGGGGUCCACAAGUUAAUCCGCUUUGCAGUAUAACUGUACGGUAUCUAAAAUGGAUGGCCAUUUACACAUAUUUAUUCAAAUAUAUUGGAAGCUUAGGUGGAGAAAUGCAUUUAAUAUUUCAUGUUAACCUUUCAAAAGGAAGUUACCUUGUUGUCCGUGAGAACUCAUGUCACUUGCAUACCCACAAAUUCAACCAAGGGGUGGAUGGUACCUGCGAGGACCGCUGGUAUUGCUGCUGGUCGUGUUCCCCAGCUCCGACUUUGCCUGUACCGUUUAUUAGUUCCAUAACCACAACAAUGAUUUCAUCAACAGAUUGCUGUCGCAUGAGAUGGGGUUAAUCAAUUUGUGAAAUACCUAUCUAGGCGUUUUAGGAUAGGUCAGGAUGUUCCAGCGAUUUCACCAUUUUACAUUGGGUGUGGGAUUGUGGUAAAUUCUGCCCUUCAACAUCAAGCAGAGGAACACGGCCCGUCUAUGUGCAGAUAGAGCCUGUGUGGCUGUAUGACCACGUGGCAUGAAGGAAUACAGGGACAAGGAGGAGGUUUUUGUUUUAUUCUCCUGCAUCGUCCAAUUGCUUUUCCACUUUCUUAACCAGAAUCCCUCCAGUCACAAGAAACACAAAUGGAAAAUGUUAGGGAAUAAGUGUGCUAAGACAGAAUACCAAAUUAUUUUGUACAGAUUUUCACUUGCUGUGAGCACACUGUGAAUGAAAGCCCCUUGGACUCAUUGUACCACUGCCUAAUUCGUGUUAAUUUUACAAUUGCUUUGAAGGGAGAUGGUAGGUUAGCCUGAAUCUCAAACUGAAAGUCAAACCAAACAAUUCAGUUUGGAUUCAGGCCCACAACAAUAGGGAAUGUAAGAAACACAGUUGUUUUAAUGGCACAUCGCACCCAUUUGAGAGUUGCAUGCAUUACCAGUGACUGCACCUUAAUGGACUGCCCUGUGAAACCCCUGUGAAAUGAAAUUAUUGUUUCAAUAAAACAUCUCACUUUCAA